UAGCCUUCAUUCCACUUCAUUUUCGCUCCCGAUCUCGCCGAAUAUCGUGUGCAGAUAAGUCCUUGCACGCGCAAUUUAUAUUCGCCGCCCGGUCCUAUCGCUAUUCAUCUCUUCUCCGCUCCUCCCCCUCCCCACCGUCCCAUAUAUCCCCCUCCCCCCGUACUCGUUCUGAACUCUAGUCUUAUCCCCCUCGAGCAUUCUCCCUCGCCAUCACUGCCAUGUCCGACGGAAAACGCGACGUCCGCAGCUCCAUCCUCUUCGAAAGCGCUUGGGAGGUGGCCAACAAGGUCGGCGGUAUCUAUACCGUGAUCAAGACUAAGGUCCCUGUCACCGUCUCCGAGUAUGGCGACCGCUACUGCCUCAUCGGCCCCCUCAGCUACAAGACCGCCCCGAUGGAGGUCGAGGCGCAGGAGCCCACAGAUCCUCACCUUGCCGGCACGCUUGAAGCCAUGCGUAAUGCUGGUGUCAAAUCACUCUAUGGAAGAUGGCUCAUCGAAGGCGCGCCCCACGUUCUCUUGUUCGACACUGGAAGCCAAUACCACCGAUUGGACGAAUGGAAGGGCGAUCUUUGGAACCUUGCUGGAAUCCCUACUCCACCAAACGAUCACGAAACGAACGAAACCAUCAUCUUUGGCUACAUUGUCGCCUGGUUCCUAGGCGAGUACGUAUCGAGACAGCUAGAUCAUGCCGUCGUCGCACAUUUCCACGAGUGGCAAGCGGGUCUCGCGAUCCCGCUUUGCCGAAAACGUCAUAUUGAUGUCACCACUGUCUUUACCACCCACGCAACCCUCCUUGGGCGCUACCUCUGCGCGGGCAGCGUGGACUUUUACAACAACCUCCAGUAUUUUGAUGUCGACCACGAGGCAGGAAAGCGCGGUAUCUACCACAGAUACUGCAUCGAACGUUCUUCGGCGCAUUGUGCAGAUGUGUUCACCACCGUCUCCCACAUCACCGCGUAUGAGUCUGAGCAUCUGCUCAAACGCAAGCCGGAUGGUGUCCUUCCGAACGGCUUGAAUGUCGUCAAGUUCCAGGCCAUGCAUGAGUUCCAAAACUUGCACGCUACUGCCAAAGCGAAGAUUCACGAGUUUGUUCGGGGCCAUUUCUACGGCCAUUACGAUUUCAACCUAGAUGACACGCUCUACAUGUUCACUGCAGGUCGUUAUGAAUACCGAAACAAGGGUGUCGAUAUGUUCAUAGAGUCUCUGGCUCGUCUGAACUAUCGUCUGAAGAAGUCUGGGUCGAAGACAACUGUCAUCGCAUUCAUCAUCAUGCCCGCCGCUACUCACUCGUAUACAAUCGACGCGCUCAAGGGUCAAGCAGUCACCAAGCAGCUGCGAGACACUGUCACGGAGAUUCAAAACAGAAUCGGAGCCAGGUUGUUCGAGCAUGCCAUUCGAUCCAAUGGUGAACAUGGCACGCUGCCGACGCCCGACGAUCUCAUCUCGGAGGAGGACAAGGUGCUGCUAAAGCGCCGCAUCUUCGCGCUGAAACGCAACGCCUUGCCGCCUGUGACGACGCACAACAUGGCUGAUGAUGCCAAUGACCCCAUCUUGAACCAGAUCCGCCGUGUCCAGUUGUUUAAUUCAUCUGCUGAUCGAGUCAAAAUCGUCUUCCAUCCAGACUUCCUCAACUCGAAUAACCCGAUCCUUGGGCUCGACUAUGAGGAGUUCGUCCGUGGUUGCCAUCUUGGUGUGUUCCCGAGCUAUUAUGAGCCUUGGGGCUACACGCCCGCGGAAUGUACAGUGAUGGGUAUCCCUUCUAUAACGACCAACCUCUCUGGUUUCGGGUGCUUCAUGCAAGAUCUGAUUGAACGACCGGAAGAAGAAGGCUGCUACAUCGUUGAUCGGCGCGCGCAGUCUCCUGAGGACUCGGUCAACCAGCUCACUGACUACAUGCAUAAGUUCGUGCAAAAGACGCGGCGGCAGCGUAUCAACCAGCGGAACCGUGUCGAACGCCUCAGCCCGCUGCUCGACUGGAAGAACCUGGGCAUCGAAUACUCGAAGGCGAGGCAGCUCGCGCUGCGCCGCGCGUAUCCCGACGCGUUCUACGGCGCUGGGGAAGGAGAAGAGGAGUUCGACUUUAGUAUGGAGAGGAUGCCGCCGAACUCGGUUCCGCCGAGCCCGCGAUUCAGGAUGACGGGCAUUGCGACGCCGGGAGACAUUGGAACGCUUACGGAGGAGAUGCAGGCACUCGGCACAAGCGACUACCGCGGAUAUUCAUGGCCAUCUCAGGCCGAGGACGAGGACGAAGGCUAUCCUUUCCCCCUCGUGAUGAAAGUUCGCUCACGCGCGAGCUCGAUCAUGUCGGGCAUGAGCACCCCGGGCGGCGGCAAGUCGAACAGCCUCAGCGAGGGCGACCUCCGUAAGGCGGAUGCGGCGCUGAGCCAGGUCAACGGCGUCAAUGGCGUGAAUGGGAGACAUUGAACGGUGGAUGUAUGCGAGGUGGUUUGUAGACAAGUGGAGGAUCGGUGGUCGAUGUUCAGUCUGUACAAAAUGCCUAUUUUGUCACGGCC